AUGACAGCUUCAACAUCCGUAUUCAUCACAGGAGCUGCUGGAUUCAUUGCUACCCAUAUUGUAGUCCAAUUGUUGCAAAAGGGUUACAAAGUGGUUGGAACGGUGCGUUCUUACGACAAAGGUGAAGAGUUGAAAAAAAAUCUCAAGUCUCACAAUUUUCAAUAUGAAAUUGUUCCCGAUAUUGUCCCUGAGAAUGCUUUUGAUGAAGCAUUAUCUCGUCAUCCGGAGGUGACUGUUAUUCUUCACACCGCUUCUCCAUUUCACUUCAAAACGACCGAUCCGGAAAAUGAUCUCAUUAUUCCGGCAAUUAAUGGUACCUUGAACGCAUUGAAUUCAAUCCACAAGAAUGCACCCCAGGUAAAAAAGGUUGUCAUUACUUCCUCCUAUGCCGCUGUGUGUGCUUCUCACAUGGAAAUUGACCCCAACUGCUUAAUCACAGAGCAAAGUUGGAACGAUAUUACUCGUGAAGAAGCGCAAAAAGAUCCCGUCUCUGGGUACCGUGGUUCUAAAACUUUUGCUGAAAAAGCUGCCUGGGAGUUCAUGGAAUCUAAGAAUCCCUCCUUUUCCUUGACUUCUGUGAAUCCAGGAUUUGUUUUCGGUCCUCAAGCUUUCACCAGUGCAGUGAAGGAUGAGUUGAAUACUUCUUGCGAAUUAAUCAACAAGGUUUUGAAAUUGGGUAAAGAUGAUGAAUUGCCUCCCAGUAAGGGGACUUUUAUCGAUGUAAGAGACGUCGCAAAGGCACACAUCAUCAGUUUUGAGAGGGAGACUUUGGUGAACCAGAGACUUCUUAUGACCAGUGGAAGAUUUGCUGCCCAAGACGUAUUGGACAUUUUAAACGCAACCUUUCCUCAAUUAUCUGAAAGAUUACCCGUCGGCGAAGUUGGAACUGGACCCAGUAUCACCUCAAAGUUGGCAAGGAUCGACAACACAAAAACGAUGGAGCUACUCGAGUUUCCUUUCAUCUCUUUGAGAGAAUCGGUCAUCGAUACAGUAGGACAGAUUUUAGAUGCUCAAAAAUCACAAUAG